UUCAGGAGUCAAAUUCACAGCACUUCACAUCAACACUUUGUGCUGGGCAGAGUUUGCCUGUACCCAGGCACCCUGGGUGAGCAGGGCUGCUGGACAAGCCUCCCAGCAGCACCCAGAGACAGGCUAGGAGGAAGCAGCCCACUGCCAAGCUCUGGGGCAGGCACUUGAGCUGGCCUGAACCUGGCACUGCAAACCUAAGAGCAAAGCAGAGAACCCUUUGUGGGAAUGCCCCUUGCAGGGACUCCUGCUCCUGUUAAAAGGAAAAAGUCCACUAAACUCAUUGGGAAGCUGACACAAGAAGUCAUGCCACAAGAGGUGUCUAAGCUGAACCUGGGGAAGAAGAUCAGCAUCCCCAGAGAUGUGAUGCUAGAAGAGCUUUCUCUCCUCACUAACAAAGGAUCCAAGAUGUUCAAAUUACGUCAGCUGAGGGUGGAGAAGUUCAUUUAUGAGAAUAACCCUGAUGCCUUCACUGACAAUUCUGUGGAUCACUUUCAGAAGUUCAUCACACCAGGAGGGCAUUACAGUGAAGAUGCUCAAGGCUAUGCCCAUGGCAGGAUGGUAGGAGGAGUGACAGCUGGACAGCAUGGGCAGCAUGGCUCCAAUAAGCAGCAGUAUCCUGGUGCUCCUUCUAGGCCUGGAAGCAAAGGAGGCCCUAGGGACAGCAAAGGGGAGCAUGCUGGGGAAUCAGCUGGAAGUGGUGGAGAAGGAGGUGAUGGCACUGAGAAAGAUGGGAAGUCAGGAGGCAAAAAAAUCACUGUAUUUAAAACUUAUAUCUCUCCCUGGGAACGAGCAAUGGGUAUCAGCCCAGAGGACAAAAGUCAGUUCACCAUUGACUUACUGUCAUACAGUCCCAAAGCUGAUUUCCCCCAUUACAAGUCUUUUAACAGGACUGCCAUGCCUUAUGGGGGUUUUGAGAAAGCAGCCAAACGGAUGACCUUCAAAGUGCCUCAGUUUGAUAUUUGCCCUUUGCUUCCAGAAUCUCUCAUGAUAUAUAAUCAAAAUUUCAGCAGCAGACCCUCCUUCAACAGAACCCCUAUACCAUGGAUGCCUUCAGGAGACUCCUCUGAGUAUCAUACUGAAAUCAAUGUGCCAAGGAGUGGUGAAACAGAAGAGCUGUAAACCCCUACUGUCAAGACCUUCCUCAGCCCUUUCUAUUUGUAAGUUGAUAGGAAGGAGCUGAAGAGUGCAACUCUAGUUCUGUCAGCUGUUCAUUUGCCCUUAGGCCAGACAAGAUCCUAGCAGGUUCUAAACUUAUCUUCACUGUGGAGUUAAUCCAUCAGAAACAGUUUGAGGGAAAGAAGCUUUUUAUUCACCAGGGCAUAAAAAGGCAAAACUAGGAAGUGUUUUUCUGCUAAAUGCUGCCUGUCUGCUCCAUCAUGAAUCUGUUUUGUCACAUAGUAACAAGUAAUAAAACACCAAGAGAAAAAAAAGCCUUUGUGUUUUCUCCUUAAAAAAUGCAGCUGAAUCAAUUUGGGGAAUAGCAAUAAUAAAAGUUUCAAUCUUAUAGCUAGACUGUUAGUACGUGAAGAAAGUGCGAGGACUGAUGGAGAUGUUCAUAAUAUAGGUAUACAUACAGGUGGCUUGGAUAAAUACCGCAAAACUGAUGGUGGAGAAUGAUGACUUUAAGAGGAAAUGAUACAGGUUAUCUUAACAACAUCAGAGGUAUUAACAACAUCAGAGGUAAAAUAGCAAGUCACCCUGUCAGUGUAAUAGACAGAUUAAAGUAUUUCACUGUCACCUAAAAUUCCUAAUUCUCCAAGGUAUAAAACAGGUGAUAGCUUAAGCAGGGUUUUUUGUUUUGUUUUGUUUUUGACACAGAGAAGCAAAGAAGGCAACAGGUUGGGAAGGAAAAGAGGCACACCCAAAUGAGAUGACUUUCCCAUAGUUACAUAGUCUUAGAGCAAGAAAGUAAAAGCUUUAAUUAUAACAGAAAUAAUUUGACACCUGCCACAAUGCAUUACUUAUCCAAGUACACAGCAGAGUCUACUCCACUUCUUGUAACAGCUUUAUUGAUGCAACACAUACAGGAAGAAAGGCAGACACUGUGGAAAAUCAAUAAAGAACUUCAUUUUUCCACAUUAAAUACCUUCUGUUUCAUGAACAUUCACAUUCUGACACAUACAUAACACACAAGACUGCUGUUUCAUUACCAUACCCUACCUCAGCCUGCAUGGAGACUGGUUUGGAAUUCUCUGUCCUGGUGCCUUCUUUAGAUCAACAAAUCCUCUUAUAAAUAGGGAUAAACAGCUUACUUAGAGGGACAGAUUCCAUGGAAGUACUUUUAAUUUAGGAAUUUUUCCUCCUUGUCUAGAAACCCCAAUGAUAUAUUUGAUUUUCAUUCUGUUUGGAUAGUUAUGAGGUUGGCUUUGUUACACUCCUCUAAAAGGCUACUGCCAGGGCUACCCUGAGAUCUCUUAAAAGUAUGCUAACAGUAAACUGCAGAAGUGAUGUAUGAGUAAUUUCCCAACCUUUUUGCUGAAAUGGCUAUAAAACAUUUAUUGUAUGUCUUAUUAAAUGAUUAAGAAGUAUCCAUAACUCAGUUCUGUAACUAAAUUUAAAACUUGGUAAUUUGAUCUUCUGAAAAACAAUUCAACAAAAAUAAAAAGGUUGGGUUUUUUU